CAUGAAGAGCCCWGUGAACAAGACGGCGCUGACACUGAUUGCAGUCAGUUCCUGCGUGCUGGCCGUGGUGUGCGGCUCUCAGCUCUCCUGCCCSCUGACCGUCAAGGUGACCCUCCAUGUCCCUGAACACUUCAUUGCCGAUGGCAGCAGCUUCGUUGUGAGUGAGGGGAGCUACCUGGACAUCUCUGACUGGCUUAACCCAGCCAAGCUGUCCCUGUACUAUCAGAUCAAUGCCACGUCCCCCUGGGUGAGAGAUCUCUGUGGGCAGAGGACCACUGAUGCCUGCGAGCAGCUCUGCGACCAAGACACAGGGGAGUGCAGCUGCCACGAGGGGUACGCCCCUGACCCCGUGCAUCGCCACCUGUGCGUGCGCAGUGACUGGGGACACAGCGAAGGGCCCUGGCCCUACACGACGCUGGAGCGGGGAUAUGAUUUGGUGACAGGAGAGCAGGCGCCAGAGAAGAUCCUCAGGUCCACCUACAGCUUGGGUCAAGGGCUGUGGCUGCCAGUCAGCAAGAGCUUCGUGGUUCCCCCCGUGGAGCUUUCCAUCAAUCCCCUUGCCAGCUGCAAGACAGACGUUCUGGUGACGGAAGAUCCAGCAGAUGUCAGGGAAGAAGCGAUGCUGUCCACCUACUUCGAAACCAUCAAUGACUUGCUCUCCUCCUUCGGGCCCGUCCGGGACUGCUCCCGCAACAACGGUGGCUGCACCCGCAACUUCAAAUGUGUCUCGGACCGCAAGGUGGACUCCACGGGCUGCGUGUGCCCCGAGGACCUGCGGCCCAUGAAGGAUGGCACCGGCUGCUACGAUUACUCCAAAGGGAUCGACUGCUCCGACGGCUUCAACGGYGGCUGUGAGCAGCUCUGCCUCCAGCAAACCCUGCCCCUGCCCCACGACCCCUCCUCCAGCACCAUCUUCAUGUUCUGUGGGUGUGUGGAGGAGUACAAGCUGGCCCCAGAUGGGAARUCCUGCCUGAUGCUGUCUGACAUCUGCGAGGGCCCCAAGUGCCUCAAGUCGGAUGCCAAGUUCAAUGACACCCUUUUUGGGGAGAUGCUGCACGGCUACAACAACAGGAGCCAGCACGUCAACCAAGGGCAGGUGUUCCAGAUGACCUUCAGGGAGAAUAACUUCAUCAAGGAUUUCCCCCAGCUGGCUGACGGCCUCCUGGUGAUCCCRCUGCCCGUGGAGGAGCAGUGCCGUGGUGUCCUCUCAGAGCCCCUUCCUGACCUGCAGCUUCUCACRGGGGACAUCAAGUACGACGAGGCCAUGGGCUACCCCAUGGUGCAGCACUGGCGGGUCAGGAGCAACCUGUACAGGGUGAAGCUCAGCUCCAUCACCCUCUCUGCAGGCUUUGCAAACAUCCUGAAGAUCCUGAACAAGGACAGCAGCCGUGAGGAGCUGCUCUCCUUCAUCCAGCAGUUUGGCUCCCACUACAUCGCGGAGGCGCUGUAUGGCUCCGAGUUCAGCUGCACCAUCCACUUCCCCAGCAAGAAGGUCCAGCAGCAGCUCUGGCUCCAGUACCAGAAAGAAACGACCGAGCUUGGGAACAAGAAGGAGCUGAAGUCCAUGCCCUUCAUCACAUACCUGUCAGGCCUGCUGACAGCACAGAUGCUGUCUGAUGACCACCUCAUCUCGGGGGUGGAGAUCCGCUGCGAGGAGAAGGGGCGCUGCCCGUCCACGUGCCACCUGUGCCGGCGCCCRGGCAAGGAGCAGCUCAGCCCCACGCCGGUUCUGCUGGAGAUCAACAGGGUGGUGCCUCUGUACGCCCUGAUCCAGGACAACGACACCAGGGAGGCCUUCAAGGGAGCCCUGAUGAGCUCAUACUGGUGCUCGGGGAAAGGCGAUGUUAUCGAGGACUGGUGCAGGUGCGACCUCAACGCCUUCGAUGAGAACGGCCUCCCGAACUGCAGCCCUCUCCCUCCGCCUGUCCUGCGGCUGUCCCCCAACGUGGAGCCCUCCAGCACGGUGGUGUCUCUGGAGUGGCUGGAUGUGCAGCCUGCCAUCGGGACCAAGGUGUCUGACUACGUCCUGCAGCACAAGAAGGUGGAUGAGUACACGGACACAGACCUGUACACAGGAGAAUCCUUGAGUUUUGCGGAUGAUUUGCUCUCUGGCCUGGCAACCUCGUGUGUGGCAGCGGGUCGGAGCCAYGGAGAUGUCCCUGAAACCAGCCUCUAUUCGGUCAUUUUCAAGUGCCUGGAACCAGAUGGUCUGUACAAGUAA